CAUGAUGUAACAAACCAGGACACAGUUCAUCAUGGCUAGCAAAAAGGCAUCAAAGCAGAAAUUAGAAGAUAAAGACUCCAAGAAUAAAGCAGAGGGGAAAAAAACAAAGGGGAAAAAAGAAGACACUACAGAUACAGAAGAAAAAUCCCAAGUAAUCAAAAAAGUAAAAAAGAAGAAAGAAGAAGAUAACAAAGAGAAAGAAGUAAAGAAGAAGUCUAAAGAUUCAACAGGUGGAAAAAAGGAGACAGCAUUAUCACACUUCAGUGCCACAAAAACUUCCAAACAAAAGCCAGGUGAG